AUGGUUGGCUUCAAGCCCGCUGGCGGCCUGCGUACCUGGAAGGAUGCUCUUGCAUUUUCCAGCCUGGUAUUUAUGAAGCUUGGUCCGGAUUGGAUGGUUCCCGAGCUUUACCGCAUUGGAGCCAGUUCCCUUCUCAAUAGUAUAGAGUCUCGUCUCUUCAGUCUGCUUAACAAUGGUAGAGAUCCUGCCGCUCAUCAACUUUCCUUUUUAUAG